AUUAUGGUAUUCCGAAAGAGAAACCAACCGGCGCGAAGGAACCCAUAUUGGUGGUCUUACGUGAGUAAGCGAAAGGUGCGAUUUGCAUUAAGUUGACGAUUUUUGAAAAAUGUACGAUAUUUAAUUCUUAAAAAAAUAUGUGAUUCAUAGCUAAAAAUCUGGAAAAAACAAUAUUUGAAAGAUAUUUGAUCGUUAGGCGACGAUACCGUGUAAAAGGAGCGCGAAUAUGGGGCGUUUUUCGAUUUGUCAAGGACCUUUAACAGUGUUAAGUGUAUUUUUACUGUUCGGGGUUUUAUACGGUGAGGCUCAUGUCGCGUUAGUUUUCCCGGCAGCGAGAAAAUAUGAUUUGGACUUUUUGGAUAGCAGUAGAACGAAAGCUCCUUGCGGAAUGCCUAAAGGCAACGUCAAGACUUCACUACUUUCCGGAAGCAAGUUCAACGCGACAUGGCAUUUGGGGUAUCCCCAUAAGGGAGGCUUCAAACUGCAAUUACUCGAUGAGCUGGAACGGCCAGUCUUAGAUUUAACUCCCAGUUUUCAAGGGUCAGAAUUCGUUGCUGACGACCCGACUUCUCAAACUUAUCAAGUCCAACUACCUUCGAAUUUUACCUGUGAGAACUGCACCUUAAGGCUGAUAAGGCAAGCACUGGAAUGGGGCAAAGACUACAAAUUUUGGUCUUGUGCUGACGUGGAUAUAAAGCCCAGAAAAACUUACAGAGAAAACUGCAGCGGCCACGGGCGUUAUCUGCUAGGAAAGUGCAAAUGUGACCGGCUAUACUAUGGUCCUGUAUGCCAGUUUCGCGAUGAAUGUCUGGAAAAUAGCGACUGUGGGGCUCAGGGGGUUUGCGUUAAUGUGGAAGCGACGACCGCCCCCCAAAGGCAGUGCUAUUGUCAGAUGGGUUGGUUUGGACCAGGAUGUAAUAAAAGAUCUCCAGUUAAAUCUUCUAAAAUCGACUUCGAUUUAUAUACGGAACUCAAAUUAUCCAACACCUUCAAGCUUUAUUGGCGAAUUUUAAAGGAACACCGUGAAUUAGAAGCAGUUAUGGUCGUAAAUGGAACCAGUUAUGCUGCCCUGGGAUGGAGACCACGAAGUUUAACGAAAAGUUGCAAGAAUUUCCCAUUGAUAGGCUCCACUCAGUCAACAGAGCCUAAAGGAAGUGAACCUAAUGCAGAACCAAAAAGUGAGCCUGAGCCGUCUGCAGAACCACAGUCCCAUCCUGAACCUAGUUCUGAGCCAGAACCGUCAUCAGAACCGGAGCCAACGGUGCAGUCAGAUGAGCUUAGGAAAACGACUUUUAGGAGAUCAGCAGCGGUCAUGCCAACUCCCAGUGCCUACAGGGAUGUUGAAAAAGUAGAAACCAGUGUGUCCUUCCAAGUUAGCCAAAAAUCUGGACGAAAUCGCCGUCAAAUUAAACAAGGUGUCGGUGUUUACUUUUCUUUAGGGGAGGCCGAACCAGUACCCGAACCGACUGCUGAACCAGAACCUAACGUAGCAUUCACCUCAGAAUUAGAACCCGAACCAGAUUCCCAAUCUGAUACUACCACUCUCGUAUAUUCCUUUAGGCAUGCAAAAAUGCCUUCGAAUUUUAUUCCGAAAUCCGAAUCCGAGCCUAGUUCAGAACCUGAACCUAGCUCAGAGCCUGAACCUAGGUCUGAACCUGAACCUAUUUCUGAGCCUGAGCCCAAGUCAGAGCCUGAACCUAUUUCUGAACCUGAGCCUAAGUCGGAGCCUGAACCUAAAUCAGAGCCCGAGCCUAAUUCAGAACCCGAACCUAAAUCAGAGCCUGAACCAAACUCGGAACCAGAACCGAAUCCAAAUCCCGAACCUAAUUCGAACGGAAAAGCUAGUAUAAAAUCGCACUCUAGUUUAGAAGAAGCACCUAAUGGAGAUUCUAGGGAAAAUUUGAAUCCGUACACCCCUAGACACGAUUUUAACCCCAUGGACUGCACGGAUAUUAUUAUUGGAUCGGCUCGAGGUACCGCCAGUAGAAUCGGAGAUUACUACACUAGAGACAGAUCAACUCCUCGAAUGGAUAACUUUUGGGGAGGAAAGAACGACCUGACAGCGGCCGUUGGUUUCGAAAAAGACGGAAUUACGACCAUUUUAUUCCGUAAAAAACUGGAUGCUACAGAACCUUCAGAUCAUACCAUCGAGGAUGAUUUAAUGCAUAUCAUUUUUGCCCAAGGGCAAGAACAAGGGAAAUAUGUGCACGUACCCAAAUCGGGAGUUGAAACCCCACAGGCUUCUGUAAAAGACUUUUAUAGAGCUGAUGAGUUAAAGUAUCAUGGGCAUGGUGCUCAAAGAGGAGUGGUGUCUCUUAAUUUCUUUGAAGAGAAAAAAGUAGUUCAACCCGCUGGAGUAGCCGCCACCAGCGAAACCAGUCAAAAUACGGACUGCGGUGGCGAAUGGAAAUUGCCCAAGAGUUGUAAACCCGAAAAUUAUACUUGCGAAUAUUCGGUCAAAUGGGAAUUGCUGCCACGGAAAGAUGAAAUCAGGUUUACCAUAACCACAAACAAUACCGACACUUGGACCGGCAUCGCCUUCUCAGACGAUGAAAAAAUGUCCCAAACGGACGCCAUUUUAGGAUGGGUGGACAAAACUGGAAGGCCGUUCCUUAUGGACACCUGGAUAACCGGAUACACCCAACCGUUCUUAGAUGCCAGUCAAAAUAUUUAUAACACAAGCGGUAGAAUAACCGAUGGGGUGACCACCUUAUCAUUUUCGCGAAAACGGAACACGAAUGAUCCUAAAGAUUUGGCUUUUACUGAUUCGAAUUGUCUCUUUAUGAUGUUCCCAGUGAAGGGCGGAGCUUUUAAUAGCGUUAACAAGAAGAUUAGGAAGCAUGAGGUGCUACCGGCGAUUAGUACUGAGAGGAUUUGCAUAAGAUCAUGCGGAAAUGAUGAAAUAUAUGAUAUACAAACAACUACGGAAUCCCCUGGUAUUGAAUAUAUGGUUAAAGUGAAACUGGUUGAGCUAGGGGAGAACUUCGUGGCACCCAAACCAGGCACUAUCGAAUAUGAGGAUUUGAGUAAAUCGGUUUUAAAUAAUUUUGAACCAGUAUUUAGAUCCGUACCUGGAUAUAGAAGGCUAAUUAUUGAUAACCUCCAGAACGAAGACAAUAAGAUCGUCUCGGUAAUCAACCUGCAACUAGACAAAGCGAUGGCAGAAAAAGCCAGAUCACUAUCCGAUGACGAAGACAUCGACGAAAAAGUUCACAAAAUAAUCCAGGAAAGCGUCGGCGCUGGACGAAUCGGUAACCUAAAAGUCGAUCCUCAAUAUCUGGUCUUUGAGCCGCAAAGCUUAACAUCCAAUAUUGUCUCCGACUCUGAGAGUUCAACUCGGGUAACGUCUGGAUUCUUCGAUAUGCCUAUAACGAAACUUUACAUUGUAGUGGGUUGUAUAGGUGCCUUGGUGCUAGUGGCAUUAGUACAGGCGGGCUGUACGAUAUACAGAGCUACGGGAAAAAGAAACAGCAAUCGACAUAAGGACAACUUAAUCCCCAACUCCGCCUGGAAAGACUACUCGGCCAACACAAACUACGCGUACGACUCCUCCUUAGAAAGAGAAACGGCACAAAAAAAGCAACAGCACCAAAAUGGAAACGAACGUGGGGCGCCGCCCCAGGGACGCCCGCGUUCCCAUCCCCCAAGACCCACGGGACGCCCGCCGAGUGUACCCGCAACUCAGGCCCCGGCGGGCGACUCACGGAGUCUCCAGAGACCCAGGAGCGCCGUAAUACCCCCGCCCAACGACCGUAGUACCUUCUCGUUACCGCGCACGCAGUACGACCGGCAUACAGUCGGCGCAGCCAAGGGAGGACAGAUGCCCGCCGAUUUUUAUUUUAUGCCAUCCCAACGGAAAUAUUCGGGGGAGGUGGUGCGGGUCUUCGUCGAUUAUAAUGGACAAAAAAGGGAAUAUUAGGCAGCAAAAGUACUGAACAAUUGAUGCGUAAAAAUCGUAACCGGCAAGAUGUUUGUGAAUGAUUCUACAGGCAAUUUGCGAAAGAACGACGCAAACUACACAUUUUGAGUCUUAAAGGUGAUCAAGUUAGAAAGUUUAAAUUAUGCCAUAGGCAUAACUUUGAAUUAGAUCUGGUUUAUUUAUUAUAUUUUGUUUUUGCAAAGGAGUCAACUUAUUAAAUUACAGUAAAUUCGUGCAAUGGUAAGAUUGGUUUAUAUAAAAACAAAAAAGUUUUUAAUUUGAAUCACGCGGUUAUUAAUAAAUGCGUUAUAAAGGUAUCUCCGCUAAUGGUCGGCCAUUAGGCUCACUUCACACGUACAAGGUGCUGCUCGAGUUAUGUGUGUAAAUACGGACGAAAUUACGGACUAGCUGGUAAAGUUCCUGUGUGUUAUCAGGCAGAUAAAUUCUAUCCUCUCGGUAAACCUACCUGUAGCUGUAUUUUAACCUUUUGUUAAAUAACAGAAGGUUUACAAUUUGGCAACAACGUAAUUGUUCUGGUCGGUACAAUAAUCUUAAGAAAAAAAGAAAGAUUAGAGCUAUGAAUCUCCGGUCCUGAGAAAAUAAAUGAAAUAAACAAAAAUAAUGGAUUUUUAAUUUGUGAUAAUAGUUACAGGUACUUGCAUACUUGUUUUGUGCCAAAUCCGAUAUUCUUUCUGUUAGUACUAGCAUUAAUAGGUAUUUGCAUUUUCGCUAAUUGUUUGUAAAUAUCCCACCAGACAUUUGCCAAUGAAUCACAGUACACAGUUUUUUAGAAACAGUAUACUGUGCAGUACAUUUGUAGAAUUUUAAUCAAUUUUUUGUUGAGCGUUUAGGGACUGCCCUUAAGAUAUCAUGAUCAUAGUAAGUGACUGAAUAUAGUGGCUCAAAUUUGACGUUCACCUAUAUAGGAUCUCUUAGAUGUAUGUUUUCUUUCAUUUCUCAUAUAACAGUGGCAUAGCCAGCAAAGAGGGGCAGGUGAGGGAAGGGUGUAACCUUACGUCGGGCAUUAUCAUAUUAAAUAAAGAGAGAUUUAUUAGAUAUAGAGAGAUUAAGAACAAAAUUUAGAAUAUUAUACACAAACUUCUUGCAAAACUAUGCAAGCUCUAACUCUUUGAAAAAUUUGAGUUUAUAAAUUUCGUGGUAAACCUUUUAUACGCUGCUUUUUCCUGUUGUUAACUUAUUCUACUGGUAAGCAAGAAUUAUCCUGCUGGUAAGACAAACAGAAAGUUCAUAAUUCAAUUUUUAAUAUUACCUGCAGGAUAACUUUUCCAAACACUUUACCAGCCGGUCCAUAAUUUGGCCCUAAAUAAUAAAAUACGUGCGUAAAUUGUGUAUUCUUCUAUUGUGUAUUGAUUUAUUCAGAUUUAUCUUGGAAAUUAUAUUGUCAGUCUCUUGAAUAGUUGAAAACUUGUUAUCGUUAAAACUCAAAAUCAAACAUAACUAAAUGGGGCAUGACGUAAUUUCCGGGGACUGUCAACUCUCAUUAGGUUUGCUUCACAAGUAUGAAGUGAUAAUGUAAUGAAUAAGAUAAUGGGUCGUAUAAGUAAAGUGAAGCACAUGCUUUUACUCUACCUCCGUCUUAUUUUGUCGCAUUAAAGCGGAAUGUGUUUAUCCCAAAAAACUAAAGCAAAAGCAUGUGCUUUUGUCUUAUUCAUAUGAAUAAGAGCAUGAUGAUCUACGCAAAUUUGCUAUUAAAAGUGCUUUCUCCUAAGCCGGUUGAAAUUUUUAAUCAUAUCAUUGCUUGUAGUCAUAUGAAUAUUCUACUUUUCGAAAUGUUAACUCUUUAGGCUUUAGAUGACUAAAACAUUAUGUGAAAAAUACCCCUUGUGUGCCAUAAUUUUUAAGCUAUUUUGAUUGUAUAAAGCUAAAAUCAUAUUUAAAAGUCGGCGGCUCACAAAUCAGUUAAUGAAUAUUUGAAAUAUUAAGAAAACUUAAAAACCUGAUUGUAACCUUUUUGUAUUUUCUUUCUCUAAUAGAGUUACUAUAAUGUUGCUAACUCUCUUUAAACUCUUAUCUAGUCGAAGUAUUUUUUACCAUUUUUAGUAUAUACGGACAAUAUUAUAUCUUAUUGUUAUUAACAAGUUUUUUGAAGAUUCUAUAAUUUGUUUUUCUAAAAGAAAAUUAAAGGUUAAAAAAUAGGCAUGUUGCAUUAAUUUGUAUGUAACGUUUAACAGUGCAAAGGAAACUAUCCUAAUAUCAAAAACACUUUAUUUGGGUAAUGUUAUGUCAAGUGAAUCAUAAUUAACUAGUAUUAGGGUUAAUUUAACACAAAAUUGGCAUUCUCGCAUCAAUUCUAAUUUGGGUUGCAGGCAACCGAUCAAGACUUUUCAAACUGUUUUUUUUAAGUUUCCAAUUAUUAAAAAAACAAAUAUAAGCACAUAAAUUGCUUGUCAAAGAUAGCAUCAGCAUUACAACUUACUGAAGAUGUUACGCGUCAAGGCCCUGAGGGCGCCCCACUAGUAUGCGUAUACAAAAUAAUGUAACAUGUCAUAUUGUAUAUAGCAUAAACUAUAACUUAACAAUAUUAAGUCUUUAUGUAUAGAGUGUAAAGAGUGAGAAAAAAGUAAAUUUUUGAGAGUAUUGGAAGGUCUAUUAAAAAAAAAGCAAGACAUAUCAGUUAAAGUAACAAUACAAUUAAAUAUUCUCACUCUACAUUAGAAAUUAUUUGUAAAUAAUCUAGUUUUUAUUUGCUAAGUAUAAUUAAAUGUACAGAAACAUUAUGGUGUCUUGUUUAAUAAUAAGUUGUUAAACAUUAAAUAAAUAAAUUAAUGCAACAGUAGAGUAGAAAUAAUUACUACUUAUAUUGAUGAAAAGUUAACCAAUUUAAAUACUUUAUUUUAGAAAGUUAUUAAUUAUUAUUUUAUAUUUGUAAUAUAUCAGAUAAUAAAAUAAAUACAUAUAAAAUUG